AUGAAGAAUAAUAGACAACGUAUUGGAGAAUCGAAUAUUAAUUGGGUGGAAGCUGCUUUGGGAAUUGGUAAGAAUAGAAGAAAGACUGUCGGAUUUGGAGCCUACAAUAAGAAAACAAAAGAAUAUGAGGAUGAAUUCUACAUUCGUGAAAUGUCCAUCAUUGAUGCAGGUAUUGGAUGUGCCUUGUGGGAUGCAGCCAUCAUCAUGACUCGAUACAUUUAUGAAUUUGGAGAUUUGAUAUUCAAGGAUCGUAAAGUAAUGGAAUUGGGAGCUGGUGUUGCAUUGUGUGGAGUUUGUGCAGCUCGUUUUGCAUCCACUUGUUAUAUUACUGAUUUGCCUCACUUGAUGGAUAAUAUGAAAUUCAAUUUGAAGGCCAAUUCUGAUUUUGACGAAACUGAUGAGAAUACCAAAUGUAAAACUGAGAAAAUUAAGGAACAAAAGGAAAAUAUGCAAAAAAGUGGAAAAGUUGUAGAGCUUGAUUGGUACAAGAUUUAUAAUGAAAUUCCAAAAGCUAUGGAACAAAUUGCUAGAGGUGAAACACCAAUUUUGGAAGUACCAGACAAGUGUGAAAUUAUUAUUGGAAGUGAAUUGACCUAUACAGGAGAUGAAAAGACAGUAGAGGCAUUGAUGAAAGUUAUUGAUACAUUUAUGGAUGAGAAGGGAGUCUUUUUGGAAAUUUUGAGUGAUGAUCGUGAUGGUGUUUCAUAUUUUGUGGAUCAAAUUACAAACCCUGAACGAUACAAUUAUGUAAUCAAGGUUUUCAAAGUUCAUAGUAGAUAUAUGGGUAAUUUUGGAACUGGUCAAAGAGAUGAAACAUAG